AUACGAGACGGUAGUGAGGAGAAGGUGGCACUGGCAGUUUCCCGAGUGAGAGAGAGGCGAUCUGUUUUCCGCGCUCUCGGGACAGCGUCGCGCGUUUCUUUUUUUUGUCUACGUUCUCCCCGGCGGGGAGCAACGACGCGACGCUACGCGACGUGACGCCUCGCGACGCCACGCGCCGCGGUGCCCGGUCGCCGAAGAAAGAGGAGAGACCGCGAGAAGAGUGGAGGCUGUUACCGUUUGCUGCUGGUAAACAUGUUACGUUCGCGCAGCGGCACGAACAGCGAGAGGAGAUCGUACGUCGUGCGCCAACCGGGACCACGGACCGCCGUCGCUGCCAAAUAAGUCCGCGUGCGCGGCACGAACAUGGCCUCGUCUACGAGGAGGUCCUGGAAGCUCCAGGAAUUCGUCGCCCAUACGCCGAACGUCAAUUGCUUGGCGUUGGGCCACAAAUCGGGUCGUGUUCUGGUCACAGGCGGUGACGACAAAAAGGUGAAUCUAUGGGCCGUCGGAAAGCAGAAUUGUAUUAUGAGCCUAAGUGGCCACACUACUCCUAUAGAAUGCGUACGCUUCGGCCAAACGGAAGAUCUUGUAUGCGCUGGCUCACAGACGGGUGCGUUGAAGAUUUGGGACUUGGAGCAUGCCAAGCUGGCGCGUACGCUGACGGGACACAAAUCCGGGAUACGUUGCAUGGACUUCCAUCCUUAUGGGGAGCUACUAGCGUCUGGGAGUUUGGAUACGGCGAUUAAAUUGUGGGAUAUCCGUAGGAAAGGCUGUAUUUUUACGUACAAGGGGCAUAAUAGGACUGUGAAUAGUUUAAAGUUCAGUCCUGAUGGACAAUGGAUCGCCAGUGCUGGGGAGGAAGGAAUGGUUAAGCUGUGGGACCUAAAGGCUGGUAGACAACUAAGGGAAUUUUCAGAACACAGAGGUCCGGCCACAACCGUUGAGUUUCAUCCGCAUGAAUUUCUAUUAGCCAGCGGCAGCGCCGAUAGAACUGUCCACUUCUGGGACUUAGAAUCGUUUCAGCUUGUAUCUUCCACGGAACAGAGUCAUUCUUCGGCCAUCCGAUGCCUAUACUUUAGUCAAGGCGGAGAAUGUCUCUUUGCCGGUAGCCACGACGUUUUAAAGGUUUACGGCUGGGAGGCGGGUAGGACCCUGGAUACAAUACCGACUAACUGGGGAAAAGUCCAGGAUAUAGCCAUAGCUCAAAACCAAUUGAUCGGCGCGAGUCUUCAUACCGCGAAUGUUGUUCUGUAUAUAUGCGAUUUAAAAAAAAUUGCACCACUGGGAGGAAUAUCUGCCGUGAGUUCACCAUUCAGUCAUGGAAAUUCCUUGAGGAAGAGUUUUUCCAAAGAACGACCGAUCGGAUUGAAGAAGCAUACAUUGGACGUACGAACAAUAGAAGAGGCGGAUAAAUCCGGCACCGAUCCGGAGGACGAGGCCACCUAUGCGGACAUACCCAGCGUAACCGAGUACAGGGACGUUUUUCAACCGAGCAGGGCGUUGUCUCGCACACCACCUCCCGAAACCCCCGAGGCUUUCCAGGAGCCUCAUGACAUAGAUCCGGCACAACCACAGAUACUGCAAAAUUUCUCUACCUCAAUGUCAAAUCUGAGCACGAUAGAGCGCGAGGAGAUGCCAUCGAUGCCAUCCCCUUCUUCACCGCCCCCGCCAGCGCCCACGUUGUCCUUGGCGAAGCCGGUGCCGGUGCGUGUUCAACCGAUCAAGUCUUCACCGCCGGUACAGAGGAACUCGAUCAUGUCGACGAGCCAGAUCAGGGCGAAUCUGCAGGCGAACAAUGGCUUGAAUCAAAGGGCGUCCAAAAACUUCGCGUCCAUACCGCCGUUACGGCAAAACAUCACGCCGUUCCCGGGGAAGAGAAUGAGCACCACCGAACAAACGAUGUCGGCGCCGUCUCAUCCCUUAGGACCGCAAAGGUCGAACUCGACCUUAACGCCGCGCGUUGCACCAAUGGCUGCGGUAAUUCCUGUGAUGGACGACGGCAAGCUGAAGAACAGAGUACCUAGCCCGGAUUCCCCGAAGCAUUGCCUGAGGAGGCAGAGCAGUAGAGACGGGGAGCAGGGAUACGAAAGUGACUAUCCUGUACAAAUUAAUAAUAUAAGACAUAGUCCCUCGGAUCCUGCGUUGAAUAGGCCAAACACAGCGCAAUCGAGGGCGACGUCGCUCAACCGAAAUUUUGCUACCUCAACUGUGCUGUCGGCGCGUAAUGCCUCCACGAACACAUCAUCGUCUACGAGGAAGCUACUCAAUAAGGCUCAGGUCCCACCGAAUCCCAAGAUCGAUGUACUCCCUCAAAUCCCAAAAUCGAUUCUCUCGCAGAUAAGGAAAGUCACAGACAAGGAGGAACUGGUACCGAUGAGCACCGACAAGCCUUAUGGUUUGGACGUGGAAAAUUUCUUACCGCACAGUUACACCAGUUCCGCGGCGUUGGACUAUCCCCAGAGUGUGCUGACGGAAAUGUCUGAGACCGAGGUGCUGAACAGCAUGAUGCGCAGCCACGAUUCGAUGAUGGCAGUACUUAAGACUCGACAUCGCUCAUUACAGAUAAUUUAUUCCCUCUGGCAAAAUAAGGAUCUCAAGGCCGCGGUGGACUCUGCAGUUGCAAUGAACGAUUUAGCAGUCAUUGUGGAUCUUUUGAGUAUCCUCACAUUAAAACCAACGAUGUGGAACUUAGAUCUGUGUAAUUCCUUACUGGGUCCUAUCAGUGAACUUUUUCAAAGUAGAUAUGAAAUGUACAUAACAAUAGCUUGUUCGGCAUUGAGACUUAUUCUUCGUAAUUUCGCUUCAGUGAUAAAAUCCAACGUGGAGGCACCUCUUCACACAAUCGGUGUCGACGUGUCGCGAGAGGAACGGUACCACAAGUGCCUUUCCUGCUACGAGAAGCUUUCGGCGAUACGGGCGAUCCUGCUGAAGAAACAAUCGACGCCCGGCAAACUCGGCGCCUCAUUCCGCGAACUAGCGGUGCUCAUCAGGAGCCUUGAGUGACCUCGAGAAUGGCGUCGUCUGAGACCUUCGUGAAUUCGACCGCCAGUAUCUCGUCGGUCGACUACCAUUGGUUUCCUCUCGAUGAGGCUCAGCAGUGGUGAAACAAAGAUCGCGUUGUGUCCGCCAAAUAGAAGCGAAACAAAACUUUGUUAAGGAGUAGCAACAAGAUCACGGCCCGUCUUUAAGGAAACGUCCGUGAGAACGUUCCUGCUGCUACCGCCUUCUUCCAUCGUCCUCGAUCAAUCCGUUUGCCGAUCGCCUUUUCCUUGUCGUUGUUUUCCCCGCAAUAGCGCAGCCAUUCUCAGAGAAAGCGAACAAAAUUGCCAGACGUUCGUUACUUAGUCGCUGAACGGUUGGACGAGUCGUGCUACUUGUCAUCAUUAAUGGAAAAAAAA